ACCUACGGCCUGGUGAAGCGGGGCAUCGAGACGGUGCGCUUCCCCGAGGCCGUGAAGCCCGAGGCCGGCGCUUUGGUUCGAAACCUUUGCCAUCGGAACCCAGAGGUGCGCCUUCGCACCCCCGUGCUCCGAGAGCACGGCUUCUUCCGGCGCUUCGACUGGCCAGGAUUGCAGCAACUGCGCAUGGCACCACCACUGGUGCCGCAGGUGCGAGGGCCGCGGGACCUCACGAACUUUAGGGACUGUGAGCAUGAGGACCCCCAGGACAUGCCCUACCAGGACACGGGCAGCGGCUGGGACAUCGGCUUCGAGGACGACAUUCUCUCCAGCGGCGCGUCGGCCGCGGCGGCGGCCGCGCCCAUGCUGUCGUUGCCAACUCCUGGUGCUUCUGCAAGUGCGGCAUCUACGCCCACACGUGUUCCAGCUGGUAGCCCCCAGGCGUAUAGGCCCGUACCCAUCGCGGCGCAAGUGGCGCCGCGCACUUCGCCGCCCUGCUCCCCGCGGAGGGCGGCCCCCAGAUACCAGGCAACGACAAGCGCGCGCGGACCAUGGCAGGCCCAGGCCCAGGCGCACGACCGGAAGGUUGCAGCAGGCAGCUUCAUGCCGCGCGCGCAGUCUCCGCCCACUUCUCCAGUGCUCGGCGGCGGUUAAAGCGAUCUUUGCGAGCUCUGUCUACUUCAGCGACAGCGAAAGAAGCAAAUGCACUCUGAGGUCCAAAGUGCGUGAUAUCAGGUCUAGUUGUUUGAACUUUCACCUGAGGUGGCCACUGACAACUGCGGGCCGGUUCUGA